AUCGGAGAUUUGCAUAUAAAUAUCCUCAUGCAAGUAAUAGCACUUCCAGUUGGUGGAUAGUUUCAACGAGUGGACCUUAUCCACUACUGUAAAGGACUCUUCAAGCAUUUAAGUGAUAAUUGUAUUAAAUUUGUUUUUAGUAAUUUAAGCAUAUGAAUAUGAAAUCUCUUAUUGUGAUAAGUGCUUUAUUGGUGUGUGCUUACUGUGCUCCUCAAGGACCAGACGUCGAUCCAAUUCCGAUAAUUCGACAAGAACAAGAAGUGAAUCCGGAUGGAUCCUAUCGGUGGAGCUAUGAAACGGGCAAUGGGAUCGCUGCGGAAGAACAAGGUUUUCUGAAAAACGCUGGAUCAGAGCAGGAGGCACAGGUUGCCCAAGGAGAAUAUUCAUACACGGCACCAGACGGUCAGCUAAUCCGAGUGCAGUACAUAGCUGACGAAAAUGGGUUUCAACCGAUCGGUGAUCAUCUUCCCACGCCGCCUCCUAUCCCACCAGCGAUCCAACGGGCAUUGGAAUACCUGGCUAGUCAGCCACCGAGUGAUUCGCGGAGGUUCUAAAUUAAUGCCAUACCAUGAUUGUGUUUAUAUUUUUUAAAUUUACUUUAUUGUUAAAAUAAUUGGAUAAUAUCUGUCAUUAGUACUGAAUAAAUUAAAAAAAAAAAAAUAU